UGGCAGAAUCCUUUCUGUUCUCUUCUUUCGCCAGGAAGAUAUGAGUGGCUGGAGUGUUUGCUUCUAUAAAUAGUUACUUUAUGUCAGUUAGAUGCCAAUCUUUUUGGAGAGGGUCAGUCCCCAGUUUGUCUUGGUACAAGGCAUCAUGCAGACCCAAGAACAAGCAUAGAAAUCACUCGGGACCGGAUAGGUCAUCCCCAUUCAUCACAAACUCCAUAAAAUUCACCCAAAGCAUCAGGAUCACGGUUCUCCAGAACAAUAAGUAAGAAAAUUGCACCGGACUAUUACAAUGCUCUCACAUUCUGACAUGGUCAAAGAGAGGAGGCAGCAAGCAUCCGCCAUCAUGAAAGAAAUCCAGAGAAAUGAAUCAUCUGGAUUAGACCUUGGGAAAAAGGUCAGUAUCCCCAGGGACAUCAUGUUGGAAGAGUUGUCAUUGUUAAGCAACAGAGGAGCACGGCUAUUCAAGAUGCGCCAACGGAGAUCUGACAAAUACACAUAUGAAAAUCUUCACUUUUUAUCCAGCAAGCCAAGAAAUCGCAGCGAGGUCAUACAGUGCAUUCAGCUGGAUGCUAGCAGCAUGGAGGCAGGUCAAGAGCAUGCGCCAACAACACCUCCUAAUACCCCAGAUCCACGGAGUCCACCAAACCCCGAAACCCUUGCCCCAGGAUAUUCUGGACCACUGAAGACAAUUCCUCCCGAGAGGUUCAACACUACAUCUGUGCCAAAGUACUAUCAAUCACCUUGGAUUGAAGCCAUCAGCAACGACCCAGAGCUCUUGGAGGCCUUAUACCCUAAACUGUUUAAGCCUGAAGCAAAGCCAGAGCUGCCUGACUUUAAGAGCUUUAACAGAGUUGCCACUCCUUUUGGUGGUUUUGAGAGAGCAUCGAAACUGGUUAAGUUCAAGGUACCAGAUUUCAACUUCCUCCUGCUAAAUGAUCCACGAUUUAUGGUCCUUGCCAAUCCUCUUUCUACCAGGCGGUCUUUCAACAGGACUCCUAAAGGAUGGACCUCUGAGAAUAUUCCCAUAAUGAUAACUAUACACCCUACAGAGGUAAAUGGCGUUCCAGAAACGGAUGAUCUGUGAAGAGAGAGUGGAGCACUCCACACACAUCAGAAUCAGUCUGGUGAUAUUCUGAUCUUUCAACAUGUGAUACAUCAUUUUCUUAUGCAGCUAAAAUGUAAUACCAUCUGAUGCUGCUAACAGUUUCUGAAGUUAAGUUUGUUCUACUAACACAAAUAAAAUAACUUGGCCAUUACCUUUGAAAAACUAGUUUUACCUCUCUCUCUUUUAUUUCUCUAGCUCCUCUUUACUCUUUCGGUUUAUUAAAUUAAUAUCUGGCUUGAUUUUACAUUGCUGCAUUUUCCUGUUAAAAGGGGAAGUGAUAAAAUUAUACUUUCACGUUACUAGUUUAUUUGUCAAUUCUGUUUUGGGCAGACUUGCUUACAGAGAUACAGGCAGAACUGUGAAAGAAAAAUAUUUGGCUAUUGAUUCUAUGAAGGAAAUGUGAAGUCUUGUGCCAUUUCUGCUUCCUCUGUGAAAAUCAAUUUAUUUCUGAGUGUUAUUCUGAACAAGGUGUGUCUAUAUAAACAGGAAUAAAACACAAUAUGUGUAAAUAAAACAAAAUAGAAGAUUAAAUGCUUGAGAAACUCUCCCAGUGUAAACGCAUAUGUUUGUUUGACCAAUACAUACAGCAAUUUGACAGCAUAGGAUUAGCAUAAAAUGUUGCUGUGAAUGAUACAUCUUAAACGCCUCCUCACCACCCAGAUGUUUACCUAUGGUUGUGAUCACUUCAAGCUUUGAACUUUCAUGAUAUCUUGAAUUGAGAAUUGGGAACUACCAGUGUGGUGGAGCAGUAUGGUGGAGAUGCCCUACCCUCAAUGGCAUUGUUGCAGCUUACUAGGAUAGGGCAGGAAAUUUAUUUAAUUAAUUAAUUUUAAUAUCCUGCCUUUGGGGCGCGGGUGGCACUGUGGUCUAAACCACAGAGCCUAGGGCUUGUCGAUCAGAAGGUCAGCGGUUCGAAUCCCCGCCACAGGGUGAGCUCCCGUUGCUCGGUCCCAGCUCCUGCCAACCUAGCAGUUUGAAUGCAUGCCAAAAAAUGCAAGUAGAUAAAUAGGUACUGCUUUGGUGGGAAGGUAAAUGGCAUUUCCGUGCGCUGAUCUGGUUUCGGUGUUCUGUUGCACCAGAAGUGGCUUAGUCAUGCUGGCCAUAUGAACUGGAAAAACUGUCUGUGGACAAACACCGGCUCCCUCAGCCUGUAAAAUGAGAUGAGUGCCGCAACCCCAGAGUCGUCUGCGCAGGGGUCCUUUACCUUUUUAUUAGAGACAAUAAAACCUUUGCAUGUUGUUUCCAAAACAGUGCAAAGUUGCAUUUUAAUAUAAGUUUAAUUUUAUUAAGCCAAUUGUGAAUGUUUGCAGCUUUAAUAACUUUUUGUGUACAUAACAUCAAUUUUGAAAGUGCACUUUAAAACAAAAUUUGCCAUCAGCCUUCAGGUUGAUGCUCACAUUAUACUUUUGCAGAUGCUUGCAGAUGCUUAGGUCCCAUGUGUCAGGAAAGACGUCGUUUGCAUCAUAGCAUCAUGCAGAUCUUAUUUGUGUAUGGAUCUGCACAUGGCUGGGAUCCCCAGCAGUUGGCAGAGUUACCGGUAUGCAGUUGCACAAGUAAUAUCUACAUGUGACAGGCCUUAUAAAAAUUACAUCAUCUGUAAGUUAAGCAUUUGAUUAAGUAAAUGAAAUGCUUUAGGAGACUUGUGUUUUCAAAACCAGUUUUGCUGUGAUAGUGAUGCAUGCUGCUGCCUCAAUAGUAAAAUGAGGACUAGAUGCAAUAGAGGUGACAUAAUAAGAGUAACAACAAAGUAUUGCGGCACUUGAAAGGCGAGCAAAUUUACUGUGAUGUAAGCUUGCUCAUAGUCAGGAGCCCACUUCAUCAGGUGAAUGACAUGGUCACCUAAGUGAUACGUGGUGGAAGAUGUGUGAAACAGAGAAUGUGAAACUUGUGAAGGAGGAAGAAUGUUGAAUCAAUGGAUAACAAAUGAGAAUACACCAUAAAAGUAAUGAAUGGGACGUGCCUUUCCCCCUGCUUUUAUGGAGGAUGCACGCACAGGUCACAUUCGAACCUCUGCGCUACAAAAUAUGCUCUGUAAAUUCACAGACCUCAACUUCUAAUUUUAUUGUGAAGGAGCACCAGGAACCAACACUGCUCUGGAGAAUAAAGCAGGCACCAAUUUGUAAGAGCUCUUAAGCCAUUGGGGAAUGAAAACCUGUCCACAGAUAGGAGGAGAGUCCUAGCACUAUUAGCUCAUAGCAACUCCUGAUUGCAAAAGGAGGAGCGGAGCCUCUCUAUUGGUUCCCAGCUCAACCUUUGAUCCCUUCUCUAGGCAUCAAGCCACCAGCUACUACUUGCUGCUCAGGCCUCCUACACUUUCUCUAGCCUUGAUUUGUCCCUUGCUUCUGCUUCUCUGGACCAAGACGCCUCCAACUGUACUCUAGCCUGGUUUCUGGUUUGCUUUUUGCUUCAGCUGCAUGCAAACAACUCAUUUCCUUCUAGCAUUCAGCAUGAUUGGGUCCCCCCCCCCAACAUCUUUUGUCCAAACCACAAUCAUCGCAAACCAUUCUAGAUUGUUCAGAGUGGAUGGGGCAAUCCAGUCGGAUGGGCGGCUAAUAAUAAUAAUAAUAAUAAUAAUAAUAAUAAUAAUAAUAAAGCAGUGCCUAGAUAAUACUUCAGGUGGCCAGUUGUUUUUCGCCAAAAAAGAGGACAUGCAUCACUAACAAAAAAGAGACUCAAGCAUGGCACCAAUUUGUAUGUAAUUUGCAUGAGUUAAUAUAUAUGCACAGAUACAAAAUAAUUGCUAUAAUUUAAAAAUAAAUGCAUCUCACCAUAGAGGUGAACAAGACUGUGGCCAGGUGAGCUGUCCAGUCUGCUCCCCAGGAAACUCAGCCAGAUGGGUGAGGUAUGAAUAACCACCUCUUCUUCUUCUUCUUCUUCUUCUUCUUCUUCUUCUUCUUCUUCUUCUUCUUCUUCUUCUUCUUCUUCUUCUUCUUCUUCUUCUUUGUUGAUGGGCAACAUCCAGGCUUCCCUAGUCUCCCUUUUUAGGAUUAUUUUCAAAUCACAUUUGGGACCAGACCGUCCUCCUCAUAUAGGACACCUCCACCUCCCUCUUUAAUGCAGGACUAUGACCAUCCUAAUCCUGGUCUCGCACUGAGUUUCUCAUGUCUUCGAUAUUGUACGCAUGCUAUCUGUGAUGCAGCUGCAUGCUGGCAAACAAGCUCGUUUGUGGAGUUUUCAAGAGUGAACUGAAUUGACGAUGGAGUUCAAUCCUGUGCAUGUUUACCCAGAAGUAAGACUUACAGAGAUUCCAUGGGCCUGUUUAUUUACUUAGAAAGUUUUACACCACUUAAUAUCGUCAUCGUCAUCAUCAUCAUCUCUAAGUGGUUUACAGAAAUUGCAUUGUUUCAACUUUCUGAUGUUUGCCCCCCCUCCGCCCCCCAGCUCCUUUGGGAAGAAGGGUAGGAUAGAAAUGUAAGAAAUAUAUAAAUAAAAAGCAACGUUUGAUAACAUUUCCUUAAAGUAGAUAAAGGCAAAAUGCAACUGCACAUCACAAACAGCACAGUGUACAAAACAAAACAAAAAUCAAGCGUCCAGAAAGCCAGGGUAAACACACACAUAUAUAUAUGUGUGUGUGUGUGU